GUCCAGUGCGGAGCAGAGGAGAGGUGGAGAAGAGUGGAGGGGAACUCCUUUUUUCUGUUUUGCGUGAAUCCAAGCUCCACUUCCACUUUUUCUGAAGCCAGAACAGCACUCUUUUCAGUCUUUUCCUGACACCCUCUUAGUGCAAUGGUGUGAUUUGCAUUUUUCUACUUAGGAAAAAAGAAAAGAGUGUGAAGCAGGCUUAGCACAUUGCCGGAAAAAAUAACACUUUUUCUUUGUCUUCUCCUUUUCUGCUAGAGCUGGGCACUGCUGUGGAGCUUGCCUAAACGUUUUUGCAGGAAUCCCCUAACACCGCCCCCUACCCCCUCCUAGCAACCCCAAACUUUUCCAUUUUCUUGUUUUCCUUACUCUGGAAAAUACGGACAAAGCUUAGCGUGCUGUCUUUCAUGUGGCUGUCUGCUUUUUGUUUUUCUUUUUUUACAAAAAGCUUUAGUUAAUGUGCCAGACUGCACCACUCCAGAAACAUUGUCCAAUAAAAAGGGAAGUUAUAAAAAGACUAAUCAGAAAUAGACAUUGUUGGGAUUUUUUUUCUUAUUCUUUUUCUUUUUUGGAGUUGGUGAGUAACCACUGCACAAGUUCUACAUUUUUUUGUUUUUUUGUUUUUUGGAGAAUUUGGAGCUUUAUCCUGGAGAUGCACAUCAGUUUUCAUUCAUCUGAAUAAACACAUCAGGGGGCACCUCUCCUGUUGAUUUCUGGGACAGGAAGAGAUCGAGCCCUCGCUGCGGCAGGUCUGAGGUUCUUCUGUACAAAAUACUCCUGCUGCACCCAGAACAUCACACUGCAUGUAAGCCUGGAACGCAAUACAUAUCUGGCAGAGAAGCACUUCGGACCAUGAAAUAAGAGAAAACAAACAAGGUACAGGACGAAAAACAAGUAGAAAGACAGUACUUUGAAGAAUAAUACCCUGGUGUAUCUUUACAAUGAAAAAAGACAGGAAAAAUUGGAUUCAUUUGGCGGCUUUACUAACUGCGCUUCUUUGGUGCUGGUCAGAAAUACAGGGCCUAGAAAUCUCCCCCAGUGCCACAGAAGUCGUUCUCACCGCCAACUCCUCCGUCACCAUCACAUGCUCCGGCUGGAGCGAGGUGAGGUGGAGGAACCGGUCCGAGCUGGACAUGAGCUGGGCCCACGCGGCAAACGGGACCACCUCCAGCGUCCUGACCCUGGAGAACGUGACGUGGGAGCACACGGGGACAUAUGUGUGCGAGGAGCCCGCCUCGGAGGAGGCGGUGGAGGUCUCGGUCUUCGUGCCAGACAAGGACGUGUGGUUCAUUCCGUAUGAGCACAAGGUGGUGAUGAAAGUAGGCAAGGAGGGCACCAUCCCCUGCACCGUGACCGACCCCCGAAUAAACGUCACGCUCUACGAGAGAGCCAGUGACACGCCCCUGGAGGGCACCUACCACCCCGGCAAAGGCUUCACCGCCGCCCUUAAGGAUAGCACCUACACCUGCCGUGGAGUUCUGAACGGAGAGACGCGGGAAUCUCAAGCCUUUCACGUCUACAGCCUUGUGGUUCCAGAAACGAUUGAUGCCUUCAUCAAUGUCUCGAAGACUGUAAUAAAGCAAGGGGAGCCCCUCGCAGUCAACUGCACUGUCAAGGGGGCAGACAUUGUUUUCUUCAAUUGGGACUAUCCAGGGAAGACGGCGGGAAAGCAGAUCGAGCCGCUGACGGAGUUCCUUCCAGGGAACAGCCUGCGGUCCUGCCUUGUCAUCCCCAACGCUACGCUGGGCGACUCGGGCCAGUACGUGUGCCGCGUCCAGGAGUCUCUGCAGGGCCAGUCCGCCACUGACAGCAUCUCCGUCACGGUCCUGGAGCGAGGCUUCGUGGAGGUGCGCUCCACCGUUGGCGGGAACGUGUCUGCACGGCUUCACGAAAGCGUGGAGCUCCGGGUGGAGAUAGAGGCCUACCCCAGGCCCCGGGUCCUAUGGAUGAAGGACAAUGCCACCCUUGACGGGGACACGGUGUCCGUCGGUGUCACGCAGAUGCUGGACACCCGGUACUACAGCACUUUGAUGCUGGUGAGAGUCAAGCGGCAGCAGAGAGGUCUCUACACCGUUCAAGUUUCCAAUGAUGACGAUGUUAAGGAACUGAUGAUUGAUCUGGAGGUCAAAGUUCCCCCGGUGAUCCGCGAGCUGUCCGAUCAGCAGCUGGCGGGGAAGAGACAUGCGGUGACGUGCGUCGCGGAGGGGGUUCCUGCCCCGGCGAUACUGUGGUACAGCUGUGACAACACGCAAAAAUGCAGCAACAAAAGUGCCUUAUGGCACCCUCUGGUGGCCACCCCUGAGAACAUCAGCAUUCUGACGAACAUGAGCUACAUUGAGUCCCGCGAUGUACACCAGGUGCAGAGCGUGGUCACGUUCCAGAGGCUGCAGGGGACCUUUACAGUUCGCUGUGCGGCGAGGAAUGAGGCUGGACACAGAGCAUGGGACAUCAAACUGGUCUCAAACACUCUGUUCUCUCAGGUGGCGGUACUGGCCACGGUCUUAUCGCUGGUGGUCCUCGUUGUGAUUUUCAUCAUUAUCCUCAUUGCAGUGUGGCGGAAGAAACCACGCUAUGAAGUCCGGUGGAAGGUUAUCGAGUCUGUGGGCUCCAGUGGCCACGAGUAUGUCUACGUGGACCCCACGCACCUGCCCUAUGACUCCGCAUGGGAGGUGCCCCGAGACAGCCUCAUUCUGGGUCGCACUCUGGGUUCUGGGGCGUUUGGCAGGGUCGUCGAGGCAACGGCGUAUGGCCUUAGUCAUUCUCAGGCCAGCACCAAAGUGGCAGUGAAAAUGCUCAAAUCGACGGCGAGCAGAAGUGAAACCCAGGCCCUGAUGUCAGAGCUGAAGAUUAUGAGUCAUCUGGGGCCCCAUCUCAAUGUUGUGAACCUACUGGGAGCCUGCACAAAGCCAGGCCCAAUCUACUUGAUUACUGAGUUCUGUCGCUAUGGAGACCUGGUAGACUACCUGCAUCGGAACAAGCACACCUUCUUGCAGUGCCACGCGGACAAAAGCCGCAGAGACGCGGACAUCAGUCCCAGCAACGGCGGCAACUGUGCAACUGAGGGCCAUGGACGAAGUGACGCGUCUCUUGGCAACGAGUGCGAUGGGGGAUACAUGGACAUGAGACAGGAAGACAGCAUGGAGUACGUGGCCAUGCAGGAGCUGACCCCUAACGUCAGAUACGUCGACCUGGAGCCCGCCGUCUACGAAACUCCUUACCAGCAGGACAACCCCCACGGCCAAGACCCAGGGAAAGAAGAUGUGGCCUUGGUCAUCAGCGACUCUCCCAUCCUUAGCUACGCGGACCUGGUGGGCUUCAGUUACCAAGUGGCCAAAGGAAUGGAUUUCCUGGCAUCUAAAAACUGCAUCCAUCGCGAUUUGGCCGCGAGGAACGUGCUCAUCUGUGAAGGGAAGCUGGUGAAGAUCUGUGACUUUGGGCUGGCCCGGGACAUCAUGAACGACUCCAACUACAUCUCCAAGGGCAGCACAUUCCUGCCUUUGAAGUGGAUGGCGCCGGAGAGCAUCUUCCACAACCUGUACACGACCUUGAGCGACGUCUGGUCUUACGGCAUCCUCCUGUGGGAGAUAUUCACUCUGGGAGGAACACCAUACCCUGACCUCCCCAUGAAUGAGUUAUUCUACAGUGCUCUGAAGAGUGGCUAUAGGAUGGCAAAGCCCCCCCAUGCUGCAGACGAAAUUUAUGAUAUUAUGCAAAAAUGCUGGGAGGAGAAAUAUGAGAGAAGGCCAGACUUUUCCUUCCUGGUACAUGCCAUGGGGAACAUGUUGACCGAGUGCUAUAGAAAGAAAUAUGUUCAGGUGAACGAGAGCUUCUUGAACAGUGACCACCCGGCUGUGGUGCGCGCCAAGCCCCGUCAGCCUGCGGCUGUGAUGUCAUCAACGUGCGACUCCGGCGUGGACGAUGCCGAGGUGGAGCAGGGAGAGACAGAGGCGGCGGGGGUCCCGAGUGCUGAUUACAUCAUUCCCAUCCCCGACGUCAAACCUGAGGAGAGCAGUGAGGUGCCGGACAUGCUCACAGAAAGCCUCCUGUGCGACAGUGCCCAGGAUCCAGAGGAAAGGGGUGAUUCAGUGCCUCAGGAGGCCGUAGCCGAUGUCCCACAAGAGGCGUUAGCUGCAGCCCCAAAAGAGAAAGCCGAUCAGAGCUCCACCCAGGAAGUGAAAACGCUGGAUAACCCAGGGACAUCUGAAGCAGAAGAGAGCUUCCUGUAGGAGCUGUGCAGCACAAGGACAUAAAAUCCCUCAUUUACAGUGCGUACCUCUGUUACAGGAGAAAAUGUAUAUGGCACUUGCAAAUUAAAGGUACGAGAGAAUUAUGGGUACGCCAAAAAUUUUGCUUAUGUUAAGAUGCGCAGUAAAAUUAGGUCUUCUGGAGAAAUGAAAUUGUUCAGUCAAUUAGCCAUUAAAUAAAUAAAUCAAUAAAUGAUUCACAGUGAAUAGCCAUCAAAUAUAAUACAUUAUAGUUUACAGAAGUAUUGCAAUAUAUUUUUCAUUUAUUCGUUUCAAUUUGUAUAUAAUGAAGUACCGAUAAAAAAGAAAUAUGUGUACUUGGUAAGUAAUUAAUGGGCUGCGUAAUUUUAAGUAUUUCUGGGAAAUUUGCAGUGUUCUGGACAAAAUAGGAAGUUGUGCAUAGGUUUUAUGGCUGAUGGAACACAUUGCAGCACAAUUUAUAACUUCUAAACCAUAUAGCCCAUACCUCAAUAAUCCUGGUAAUAUAGUCCUGGAAUGUGAUACUCUUCUGAGGUACAGUAGAUUAUGCUUUACGGAAGUGGAGCUUGGUUCCGGUCAGAAACAUCUUGAAAGGUGAGGUUGAAUAAUGCAUAAUUUUAUUUAGAUUUCAUUCAAUGCUGAUGCAUCUCUGUUUGACAAAUAGCAUUUUUCAUACAUAUUUUAUAUCUAAAAUACAUUUUAGGGAGUAUUGUACAGCAGUAGGUUUGGCCUACGAAUUUGGCACUACUUAUCUAUACAAUAGUUGUAGGUAAUAUACUGAAUUUUGUAUUAUGUCUAUAAUGACAGUUGUUGAUAGUUUGAGCUUCAAAUGAAGUUAUUAACUUUAACUCUAAGCACUUUGUGCAGUCACAGAAAUGGCAUAUUAUGUCUGACAGACAUGAUUUAUAUUUAUUUUGGUCAUGUAUUUUUAGUGUGUGUCAGUCUGUCCACAGCAUUUGAAGGAAUAAAGCUCAAUUUGGUCAGUGCCAUAUAACUGCCUGCAUUUUUAACUCUCAUUGUCCAGAAGAAUCAGCCCUAAAAACUGUUGUUGUCAUUGUUUUCCCCAUCUACUCAGCCAGCUUUCCAUGCACCACAUGGCUAUGGCAAGAAAUACGGAGACCUCCAAUACCUGGCGAUUAAUUUUUCUCCUCCUGUAUAGAGCCAUAUAUCCUGCUUUGAUUUAAACUAAAGGUACAUUCAAUAAAAAUGUAAUAAUAUUAUUCUAAAUAUUUUCACUAUAUUUGUGGAAAUAUCCAAGGCACAUGUAUCCAAGGCAAAAUUACAUGUAUUUUGUCAAAAAAUUAAAAUACUUAAAAACAUUUUUAAUGCCAGGUCUCCUGUGUGGAUCUCCUGUAAUUACAAGGAGGUCUCCUGCUUUCUAUGAAAAACACCUUCAGCAUGCUGAUUGGUCAUGUGAAUCUCCUACUGAUUUUCUGUUGACCAUUGUGUAUAUAUUAUUGUUGGUGCUGUUAUACUUAUCGGCUGUGUUUGUCAAGUGAAGCGCUUUCCAAUCUGAGAGCAUUAUGUUUGGAAACUUAGAGAGGCUGACUGACUCCAUGCUUGAUUUAGUGAGCUGAUCCUGCAGUAGCAACUCUUUACAACCAGAAAGUCAAUAUGGCAAUCGAAGUAGCUUCAGCCAGUAUAAACUACAUUUAAAGCCAUUGCAUUGAAAUUACACAACAUGGCAGUAUUAUAUUUAUGCACUGUCAGUGUAUUGAAACCUAUAAAUAAUUUAGUGACAUGCACACAUACAUAUAUUUUUUUUCAAAUAUAUUUUUGAAAUGUUUUCUAUGUUUCAAGCAAUAGUGCACCUUUAUAAUCAAUUAUAUCAAUUAUAUUAAUUAUAAAAUUAAUUACAGGCAGUAUUUUCGGUAAAAUGAGAGGUUAUGAAGGAUAUGAGUGUAACUGUUAAUAUAGGUAUGGGGUAUGCCUCAGAAGCCUGUAAUGUAUGCUAUGUGUGUAUGGUAUAGCUGCCAUCAAAAGCAAUCUUUUUCCUAAUCUGUUUAUCAUUAUAAUUAGAUAGUCACCACUUCAAAACAUAAUUUAGCAAAUGUACGCCUUAUUAAAAGUUUACAGGAGAGAAGAGUGAUGUAAGGAGAGAUUAUUGGCUGCGUAUUAAGUGUAAAAUGUAAUGGUACGGUACUAACAUUAUAAAAUAAUAUUAGAUGAAUGACUGAUAAUGCCAACCAUCCUUGAUACCGUCUGCUGUGGAAUUAUGCAGAUUUCAUGUCAAUCUGGGGUACAAUCAUUGUAAAUCUACUACCCCCACCCUUUUUUGAAAGUGUUUUUGUUUCCAACAGGAUUUCCCCUUAAAAUUUACUCAUGACUGAAUGCAAAUGUUAACUUCUUUCUUCACUAACGCUGUUUGGAAUCUAUGGAAAGUACAGGGAUUAAUUAGUUCAACUAACUCACCAUACUGUUUUUGAAGAUGUAAAUUUGCAUUUAAUUGUCAGUCCAAGUCAAAGGCAAAUAUUAAUCUUGAACAGAAUUCUAAUUCUUACAGAAGUAGAGCUUUUUCUGAUUGAGUAGGGUAACCUUGGGAAAGGCAGUGUACAGUAUAAGACAUGGAUUGGGUGGAAGGGAAAGGUUGCCAGAUUUGGUACGUUAUCUGCUGGAUCUGACUCAACAUGAGGUCCUUAGGGGGCGACAUAGCUCAGGAGGUAAGACCGAUUGUCUGGUAGUCGGCAGGUUGCCGGUUCAAACCCUGCCCUGGGCAUGUCGAAGUGUCCUUGAGCAAGACACCUAACCCCUAAGUGCUCUGGCGAAUGAGAGGCAUCAAUUGUAAAGUGCUUUGGAUAAAAGCGCUAUAUAAAUGCAGUCCAUUUACCAUUUACCAUCUUUGUGUAAAUAUGGAAAGUGUCCUCUGAAGUGGAGAUGCAGAUCUUCCCUCCCGAUCCCUGUAGUGUUUUGCAUUGGCGAUGGGCAGCCCGUUGUUCAUUUCGCACGCGCUCCUGGAGAGCGGCGACGGGAACCAAUCAGCGUUCAUUCCCGCAGGUGCACCUGGUGUGCAACAUCCUGCCAAUUAGCUGUACUCGCUGUACUGAAAAUUCCUGCUGUCUGUGCUUCACUGACAUUUUUUCCAGGGAAAAUAAAAUGUGGGGAUUUGGGGGGAAAUGCGAUGCUCACUUAAAGCAUUUCCAGUUUGAGUUUUGAACAAAGAACCACAGCUGUUCUAAUGAAUACACCCAUUCUCCUCUAGAUGCAUAAAUGUGCAUUGUAUAAUUGCUGUAUGUUAAUACUGAAUUUUGGUACCAAAGCUUUUUGAAUGUGUUUACAGGAAUACUGUGUAUGCAUAUUGUAUGAUAUCUAUGUUAUCUAUAUAUAUAUCUAGAUAACUCCGAGACAUUUUUGAUAAUAAAGAUAUAUUACUUGUACUGUU